UACAUAAUUGCUGCUUCUCUCUCUGUAGGAGCGGAGACCAUCAAGAAAUACUGGAGCCGAUAUUAUCAGGGUUCCCAAGGAGUGGUGUUUGUCCUCAACAGUGCUGCAUCAGACGAAGAGAUGGAGGCGUCCCGGUCUGAGCUUCUCUUGGCCAUGCAGCAUCCUCAGCUGUGCACACUUCCUUUCCUCAUUCUCGCCAACCACCAGGAUUCACCAGCUGCCCGUUCUGUAGCAGAGAUUCAGAAGUUUUUAGAAUUGCAGCCGCUGGCCCGAGGGAAGCGAUGGAUUCUUUCAGGCAGCACGACGAGCAAUAUGGAGGCCGUGAAGGAAAGUUUCAGUCAACUCAUCUGCCUUUUGGAAGAGAAGGAGGUGCUACCUAGCAGGAUAUGAUUCAAUCAAACUUCAAAGUGGAAAGUGGUUUUGAAGUGUUUUUUUUUUUGUUUUGUUUUUUACUUCUUUGUCGUUGUUUUAUAACCCACUGGAGACAUAGAUGCAAAUUGCCACAUGUUUUGAUGAGCUGACUGACAUAUUUGUAACCCUCAGGUCAAGGGCCACACAUAUGCUGAUUUAGUAGCAGGUGAACCAAAGUCCUUUAAAGAGAUCAGAUUUGUACCAUUAUUUGUAAAUGUAAUUAGCUAUUUGAUAACCUAUUUGUUGUUUAUUAGUUGGUUGUCAUGUGGUGUGAGUGUGGAAUUUAUGUUAAUAAUAUAUUGUACAUGCAAUAUAAACAUACAAUAUUUGUAUGAACUAAUCCAUAUUUCUUAUAAUGGCUCAGAAUCGUAAUAAGCAUCUUUAUCGAAGAUUAUUAUAUUAUAUUAUUUGUGUUAUUGUUUUGUUUUAUUCAUUAAAUCUAGUGUCCAUUGCACUCAUUAUUCUUUCUUCUUUUUAAGAGAAUGUUACAAUGUUUUUCUAGACUAUAUGUUGAGUUUCUUAAUACUGGUUAUGGGCACACUACUUACGUUUCUUUUUGUCAGAUUUCUGUCUCCAGACGAUGUUGUUAGUUUUGUUGUUUGAAAAGACCACUUACUCAAUUUACUUGGCACUGGUCAAGCUGUUUUCAGGUUUGAGCUGGAAUACAAACUCUAUCAAUCAGUGUCUGCAACAGCUGCAUUUGACAAGCCCCUGUCCGCCAGGCUUAAGCCCUCCAACCGUCUGCGGAGACUCCUCCCCGUCUGCCACCUCACUCCUCGCCCAGCCACGCUCUGCGGCCUCACCCGCUGCUUCCUGCUGGUAUUAUCCAAAUUCCUCUCCACAAAUUUAGAUUCCUGACUGCGCACCUCUCUGAUGUGUUAUUUUGUCUCACGGGAGUCUCUGAGUAGUUUAGGACUCACACAUGCUGUGUUUCUGUAUUUAUAGUGUGAACUAGGUUGUACAUGUUUUGCCCGCCAAUAGCCACUCGAUGUCUUAUUUUUGCAACAACAAGAAGCAACAUAUUUGUACUGCCUUUAACUUGAUUUGAGGCUAUGUUAGAUGUUUCAUGAGAUCCUUUCUAAGUCCUCAGGGUAGUGCGUGACUACAUUUUAAGCAUUUAGCAGAUGCCUAUUAUAUAAGGUUUAAUUCACUAACAUUAGUCAAUGCAUUAGGUAUCACAAACUACUUAUUGGUUAGUUUUUAAAGCAUUUGUUAAUUUAGGUGAAUGUUGUUUUAUACAGAUAAUAUUUGGAAUGUUUGUUGGUUAUAAAAAUUGUGAAUUGUUAAAAAUGUAUUUGUAUGUCUGGAAAUUAAACAUUGCAAAUAUUAACCUUCACUGUAUUAUGUUAUUAUAAACUAAUAUAUUAAAAUCUAUAAAUUGUAACACUUUAGAAUAGGGACCAAUUCU